AUGCUCAAGAUAUGGCCAAAACACGAACCCCCUUCAAAAAGGCAAGAGGGUGGAGGUCCGACAGAGGAGCCAGAAGGAGGUAGCGCACGAGCAGCGCUCCGAUGGCACUCCGGAGGUGCUUCAGAGAGGAGUGAUGAAGUGGUGGGCGCUAGAGGAGGAGGCCGGGUGGAGCGAUGGCGGCGGGCUGGGUCGGGUGGCGGCGGAGGUGGCCGCGUGGCGGGCUGGGCUGGGCGGUGGCGGCGAGCCAACGGAAGCCGGCAGGGCAAUGCCUACGGGAGUUGGAGAGUGGGGUCAGCAAGGGUUGGGGCCGGUGGGGGCCGGACUGACAGGUCUGGUUAG